AUAUGUGAAUCGGAAUUAAGUCUUUGGAAAAAAAAAGAAUCGAACAAAGCUGCAUGUGCAGAAUAGAGAGAUUCUUAUGAACAGUUGAUGCAUACUCAUCACUAGAUGUCUCUGGCGGUAUUUGGCGGUUAAUUGAGAAUUCUACGACUACACGUUUCUGCACUUUCUUAACAAUUCGUCGUCUUAGAAGUGAUCAGAGGCACGUAACAGUUCUGCGUGUAUAUACAAAUGAUAAAAAGAGUCAGAGUUGUCUCACUUUGAUCGUUACAAACUCAACUGUUAUUAGCGAGCUUCAUUUAUUGCGUCCCGCACUCAUCUUUGCUGGAUAUUUAGACUUAACCUAACAAGAUGGAUGAUAACAUCGAGCAAGGAAUUAUCACGCGUAUAUAUCUGGAAAAUUUUGUGACUUAUGACAGCGUCAUAUUGAAUCCUAGCAGAUAUCUUAAUGUCAUUGUGGGACCUAACGGUUCUGGCAAAUCUACCAUUGUCGCUGCUAUAGUUCUUGGUUUAGGUGGCAGACCUAAUAUUAUUGGACGGGCACUACAUAUAGGAGAAUACGUUAAAUAUGGAUGUCAAUCUGCAAAGAUAGAAAUUUGUCUGAAGAAUGGUAAUGAACGAGAUCACGUAGUAGUCAGGACAUUUACCAAAGAAGGAUCUUCUAAAUGGAUGAUUAAUGGUUCUUUGUCAUCUGCAAAAGCUGUUCAUGAAUUUACAUCCAGUCUUAAUAUUCAGGUUGAUAAUCUUUGUCAGUUUCUACCACAAGAUAAAGUACAAGAUUUUUCAAAAAUGAAUGCUCAAGCAUUGUUAGAAAAUACUGAAAGAUCUGUUGGAGAUCCAAAGCUCUUAGAAUAUCAUCAAGAAUUGAAAAAACAAAGAAUUAAUUUCAAGGAAUUGCAACUUGAUAUAACAAAUAAAAAACGAUUAUUGGAAUCUAAAAUUCAAAGGCACGAUGGACUCCAACAAACUGUCAGUACAAUAAAAGAAAGAAAGUUGAUAAAGAAAAAAAUUACAACGCUAAAACAAAAAAAGGCGUGGAUGCUAUAUGAGGAAAUGCGCAGAAAAUUAGUGGAGUCUAAGAAAGUCAGAGAUGCAGCAGCAAAAGAAAUGCAGGUAAUAGAUGCUAAACUAAAGCCAAUAAAUAAGAAACUUGAGAGAAUGAAGUCUGAUGUAACAGCAUUAAAAAAUUCGUUAAAUGAUCAUAACAAUAAAGUUAAUGCUAAAAAUACAAAAUUGAAAAGCAUAAUAAAUGAGAUUCUUAAUUGCGAAAAUAGGAUUAAAGAAUCUGAGAAUAUAUGUUCACGUAAAAUUCAAACAGAACAGACUCGAGAUCAAGAUAUUAAUCUCGCACAACAGCAGAAAAGCAAAUUGGAAAAUGAUUUCUCGCUUAUGAUUAACGAAAUUGGAACAGAGGAAAGCUUAAUGAAACAAUUGCAAAACAUAGAAGAUAAUAUGGUAGAACAUAGGAGAACAAUUGAUGAUCUCACCAAUAAAAAGAACACGUUAAAACACGAAGAGGAAAACUUCAGCCGUGAAAUAAGAGCUAUCCAAGCAGAACAGCAGUCUUUCAAUAUUGAUAUGAAACGUUUAGAACUCUUAAAACGAACGAGUACUGACGCAUAUAAAGGUGUACUUUGGUUAAGAGAGAAUCGUGAUAAAUUUUCGGCUGCAGUGUAUGAGCCUAUGUUACUUAGCAUCAAUGUAAAAGACGCCUCGUAUGCCAAAUAUUUGGAAAAUAUAAUACCGUUCCGAGAUUUGGUCGCAUUCACAUGCGAGAGCAAACAGGAUAUGAAUCUUUUACUGAAGUACCUGAGAGACCAACAGAAAUUGCAAGUUAAUGCAGUUUAUUCUGAUGCUUCAAAAAAAAUUAUGCAACCGAAUAUACCGUUGCAAGACAUUCAAAAAUUCGGCUUUAAGUAUUAUUUAGCGUCGCUUAUUGAAGCGCCGCCCAUCAUAAUGACAUAUCUAGUUUCUACGUAUCAUUUAAAUAAUAUUCCUGUUGGAGACAAUGAAGUUGAGAAUCACAUAGAUCAUAUACCUCGCAGCUUAAACUGUUACUUUAGUCAAAACAACAUUUAUUCUGUAAAUAUAUCUAAAUAUACGCGUACAACGUCGACAAGAAUCGUACAAGUCACUGGGAAUGGACUGUUAUCAAUUAUCCUAGAUAAAGUCAAAUUAGAGAAACUUCAAGAACGAUUGAAGAAUUUUCAAGAAAGAUUGAAUCAAAUCUCGAUUAGUAUUAAAGAGAAAGAAGAUAAGAUAUGCAUGGAAACUAAAGAAUUAGGUAAAUAUCGAUCCGAUAGAAAUAAAUACAAACAAAAUAUUCAGCAGAUUCAGGCAUUGCAAGGUAGAAUACGCAUAGCUGCUAAAAAAAUCGAACAAUUGGAGACAGAGCGCACGAGUAUUGAUAAUAUAAAAGCCACAUGCACUAAGGAGAUUAAGGUUAUUAUAAAGAAACAAAUACAAAUGUUUAGAGAAUAUAAUAUAAUUCUGAAGGAAUGUUUUAAAUGUGUUACAAGUAACGAUGAGGUCAAAUUUGCAUUAGCCUUACUGCAACAAACUUUAGUAAUUAAAGAGAACGAUGCUGCAGAAUUAAAGGAUACGUUGAAAACUACAGAGAGGAUAUUUAAACAACACGACGACGAGUUUCAACCUUUAAAAAAGGAAGCUGAAAGACUGUAUAAUGAAGCACUGAUAAGCACAGAUAAUAUUAAUCCGCAACAGGACGCAUUUAAGCCCAUAAAUAAAGCCUUUGAAAAAUUGCCAGCUACUAUAGCUGAAAUAAAUAAGGAAUUAAAUAUCUCUCAAGCAAAAGUUUUCUGUAUGGCGAAAAAUGUGGAUGCCGAAAAUGUAUUGCGUGAAUACGAAGAGAUACAAAGCAAUAUUAAAAACUUGACUGAGUUUAUCAAAAAGAAGACUGUUAAACUAGAAGAAAUGACAAAAGAGAUUACAAACUUAAAAGAAAAAUGGUUACCACCAUUAGAGCAACUAAUUGAAAAAAUAAAUAUGAAUUUUAGUUCUUUCUUUUCCAUGAUGGAUGGUGCUGGUGAAGUUACACUUGCGCGUGGUGAAGAUGUUUUGGAUUUUGAUCAAUAUGGUUUAACAAUCAGAGUAAAGUUUCGAGAUGCAGAUGAAUUGCAAGAAUUAACAAGACAUUUUCAAAGUGGUGGCGAAAGAACUGUAACUACUGCCAUUUAUAUGAUUGCAUUGCAAGAAUUGUCACGCGUACCAUUUCGCUGUGUGGAUGAAAUUAAUCAGGGCAUGGAUGCAAUUAACGAAACUCGAGUCUUUAACUUACUUGUUAAAAUGACAGGAAGACCAGGUAGUUCUCAAUAUUUCCUGCUCACACCAAAACUUUUAUCAGAUUUAUCAUAUGCGGAACAUGUGACGGUACAUUGCGUCUUUAAUGGACCAGUUAUUAACGCAGAUGAUAAAGAAUUCGAAUUCGAUGCGGAGGAUUAUUUCAACCGUCUUGCAUUGACAGCUAAUGUUUAGGAGAGAAAUGUAAAAGUAGAUUAUUUUUUUGUUCCUUAUACACAAAAAGAGAUACAAAUUUUUCAGCUGGUUAGAGAGAUUUUUUGUUUUCCAUGUGUAUAAACUAAAGUUUGAAAUAUUUUGUUUAAAAAUAUAUAGAAUGUAAGUUAGGUUAAGGUAUGAUGAAAAUAUUUUUUAUGAUUAUUUUUAAUAACAUUUGUGUGUGCAUAUGCGCACAAAUUAAUGCUAAGAAGAAAAGUCGUAGACUUUUAACAAAAGAAGUAUGUCGAUAUUAGAACUAAAACAUUAUAUUACAUAAGUGAUAUAUUAUUUAUAUAUGCUUUACAUGUGUGUAA